AUGUCGGCCAUCAAGUAUGUGCUAGCUACGUUCUAUGGUGAUAUGAAAUUUCUCCCUGCAUGCAGUCAACUGUGGUCCGAAUUGCUGGCACAACGACCCGCACGUGCAUUUCAUCGGUCUCGGCGCUCAACGUCCAUUCCUCCAGUUAAUUGUUUCAUAGGUGCCAACGUCGACGCCAUGUGGCACAUUUUGAGUAACAGCGUGCAAGAUCUUCAGAACGAUUUCCAGGAACCAAAAUUUGAACUUGCCUGCAUGAGGGAAAAACGCUUUUUGCACCACUCAGUGAGACUAUCUAAACUACCCACAUAA